GCAAGUGGCCUUCAUGUGCAUAAAAUCAUGGAUUAUGAUAGUGUAAAUUAUAAUAUUGAAGAAACGAAUACUGAGUUAGCAAAUUAUGGUUCUUGGAGUUUUAUGACAGUUGAAGGGCAUUCUAGUAACGUGGUUAUUCGAUUAAAUAACACAAAAAAUGCCAAUAAAACUGAUUUAGAUGCAUAUGGUGACGACGGUGAUUGUUUAUCGUCCACUAGUUCUACAUCAGGAUUUUCCUUACAUCAUGACGAUACAGAGCCAAGCUCAUUGCUUGAAGUAAUUGAUGAUAAAAACAAAGAAAUUCAUCAAUUAAAACGAAUAAAUUAUAAUCAAAAACUUCAACUCAAUUAUUAUUUGAAGAAAAGUUUGAUUAAUGAUACAAUUGCCACUUUAGGAAGAUCAAUAAAUCUAAAUGCCCUGGAAGAAUAUGAUGCAAUAAAUUUUUCUAUGGCAAGAUUUAACAAAGCAAAUAAUCGAAAAAGUCGUAUACUGAGAGCGUAUGAAAAAUUAAAUUCACUUGAUAGUAAAAUAUCACACUUAUUAAAACGACAAGAGAAUCUCUUACGUAAAGUGACAUUAGAUGUACUAAAUGCUUCAGCCGAACGCAGUUUGGCUACUGCUAAUAAUAAGAAUAGUAAUCACGACAAAGAAAAUAAAAAUGGCGAUGGUGAAUUUGUUUCAUACGUUUCCCAAUUAGAUGCAUUUAGUAAGCUUUUAGCAACAACUUUAUCAGUAAAACGAGAAUUAGAACAUAUAAAAAACUAUUCAAUGCGAAUUAUUACUAUUGAAGAGGAACGGAAUUCUUUAGUGGAUUAUAUUUAUCAAUUACCUGUUGAACAACGCCUAAAUGGUAGUUAUUUAUUGUCAGUUGAAAGGGAAAAGGCUAAGCUCUGUCUGGAAAUGUCAAACAUUCGCAAUGAUCAAAAAAUGUUAAAAGAAAAAAUAAGCAAAUUAAAUCACGAAGAAGAGAUUUUAAAAGAAACGGCUAAAGAACUUAAAGCACAAAGUAUCACAUUACCAGCGCCAAUAGAAAGCGGGCUGACAAAAGAAGAAAGAACUAAAUUAUUGAAUCAGAUACAAGACUUACAGAAUGAAAAUCAAAUUUUACAAGAUAAAAUAACAUACCAAGAUCAAAGUCUACAAGAUUAUGCAGAAAACGAAUCAAAAUUAAUUGAUGCUCAAAGUAAAUGUGCUGCACUUGAACAUAAAGUGGAAACUUUAACACGCCAAAAACAUGAUCUAGAAAAUGAACUCUUAAAUUUAUCCAAAUUACAAACUGAUUACCAAGAGUUAUUACAUGCAAAUGAAGCAUUGAAAAAGAAAUUCAGCAAUCAGAGAAUAUUGGAAGAUGAGGUCUGUGAAUUAAGACAAAAAGUAAAGAAAAUGGACACCAUAAUUGAAGAAAGAAACAAAUUACAAUCGCAGAUGGAAGAAUAUCAAUCGUUAGUUCACGCUGUAGAAAAUAAUCCCGAAAUAGAUAAGAAUAUAAUGAAAAAACCUGAUUCUCUUAAAGAAUUUUGUAAUAAGAUAUCUAAAAUUCAAGAUUUGGAAAGCGAUCGAGAAGUAAUGAAAGAUAAAUUUGACAAAUUAGCCGGUGCAUUACUUCAACAGGAUGAUCAAAUAAAGAAUUUAUUGAAUAUAUUUGAACGUUUUGGCGAUUACAGAUUAAAUAAGAAACCAUCACUUGAGCGAAACAAAGAUAAAACUAUAAUGAAUGAUAUGUAUUUUAUAAAUUUAGCUAAGCAAAUAGCGGAUAAAUUUAAUAAUUCGCGAAUACGUGAUAUUUUAGUAGACAAGAAUGUGGUUAAUAAAACAAGAAACAAUAAUAAUGUGGUAGUCGAUGUAAACGGAGCUAGUGACGAUGAACAAACUAUAAAAAAAUUAAUUGAUAACUGUCAAACUUCCAAUUCGGCAACACGAUUACGUAACUGUUCAUCAAAUGAAGCCCUACAAUCAGUGUUUGGUCCGAAUAAAGUUGGGCAUACAACGAAAAUAAUUGAAACAGGUGAAUUAUUGAGUAAAUUAAAUUGUCACAUUGAUUCACUUGAAGAAACAACACGAGGAUUUUGUUCAAAAAAUGUUAUAAAAUCGAGUCCAAGUCUUCAAAGUGUUCAAAGCUCAAUGUUGAGUAUAAAAGAUUCUGAAAUGGAAAGUCAUGAUAAUUUGGCCCCUCAAUCAGAAAACAAUCCCGAUUCAUGUGAAAUAACUGAUAACACUGAAUCACAAAUUAAUUUAUUGGAUUUACCAUCAAAAUAUGGUGGCGAAUCACUUAAUUCUUCGUCAAAAUCUAAACUACCAGUGAGAGCUAGUAGUGUUCCACCAAUUUUACGAAAGAUCCAUGAUAAUAAUUUGUAUUCCCAAAUGAUGGGUGGUUCUUCUUCCAGAAAAUUGAAAGAUUUAUGUACAACUAAUCAUGGUAAUGGCGAAUCUAAUAUGCCAGAAAAAUUAAGUAAAACUGAAGAGAAAAAGAAAAAAAUUGUACCUGAAGCUGGUGACGAUCUAUCAUCAAACUCAUCAAGUGGAUUGGUUGUAGAUCGAUCAUUUAAGAAUAAGAAUACUGAUGAGAUGGAAAGUGACAAGUUAAAAAAGAUUGAUGACAAUGACAAACAAAAUACCAAAAAACUCAAUAACUUACAUUUCAAUAUUCAGUUAAACACCAACAAAAAAAAAGUGAUUGGUGAUUUAAAAGAAAUACAAAAUCAAUUAGAAACAUUAGAUAAUUCCGAAAACGCAGAUGAUCUUCGAAAUAAUUUUAAAAAAUUUUAUAGUAAAAUUUUUGGCGAAAAUAUUGAUGGAUUAAAUUAA